AGUCAUGAUCAAAUUUUUACACAGGGACUGUACAAACAGACAGUAAAGGUGCUCAAGAUGAUGGAGAACGAGGGGAUUGAACCAAACUUGAUUAUGUUGAAUGUUUUGAUUAAUGCUUUUGGAACUGUUGGGAAGCACAUGGAAGCUCUAUCUAUUUAUCACCAUAUUAAAGAAAGCGGAUUCACCCCCGAUGUGGUUACCUAUAGUACACUUAUGAAAGCAUUCACUCGAGCAAAGAAGUAUGAAAAGGUUCCAGAAAUAUUCAGGGAAAUGGAAGCCUCUGGGUGUACUGCAGAUCGGAAAGCAAGACAACUAUUGCAAAAUGCUUUUACGGUUCUUGAUAAAAGACAUUAAGUAUUAGAUGGCUUGGUCAUUGGUGAGCCCAAACCUCUGAUUCCAACUAACUCUUAUGAGAACCAGAUCCUUUACGAACAAGCGGCUCCUUCAUGAAAAUCGGUGUACAUGCCCAGACUUGGUGUAAUCUGCUCAGUGAAAAAAGUUUUGACUUAUUUAUAUCAGGUAAAGGUUUUUCUUUUUCUUUUUUUUGUAUAGAAAACUUGCCUUAAAUGUAUAUUAAUCGAACUUGCCUUGUUUAUAGAAUAGAAAACUUGGUAAACAAUAUUUUCUUGAUUAUA